AUGGGGAGGAUGGAGAGCGAUUGCAGAAUCCCCAUUUCGUGCUUGAGGCCCAGAGUCCUGGCCUUGCAUGCACUCUUCUGGGUUUUGGUGUCUCUCAGGUGAGUGUACUGGUGUUAUACUUCUUGCUGAUAAUGCUUUAUGCUCUGCAUUGCUUCAGAGCUUAACCCUCAUUACUGUCUCUUUCAGAGUGUUUGGUGCAGCGCUGCUGAGUGAGGAGAAGACCACAGGUGCUAUAUUUUUUGUAUCUGUAUUGGAUAAGAAUGAGUUGGAGAACUUGAGUACAGGAUUGAUGUGGUGCUGCAAACACAAAUGCCAGUGACCGCUCAUACAUAGUUCGUAUAGCAAGUUAGCAACACAUUUCACAGAGAAGCACAUGUUUGUGUGUGGGGCUGAUAUGGAUAUCUACUAUUUGCAACAUUUAGCAAUGUUCCAGUAGAUGCUCCAGUUUACUUCACUCCUGUCAGGGGUAUAAAAAAAAAGGUGUGCCACUGGUCAUGUCAUUCAGCAUCAUUUCUGUCAGAACUAUUCCCAGUCCUUUUCAGAUACUGAUUCAAGGCAUUGUGUUUCGCCUGUGUUCUAGUGGCCAGGCCUGUAACCACCCCCUGUUGGCAAAUGGAGGAGUUUGUGGUUGCGGUGGAAUGCUCCCGGUGCAACACCUUCCAGUCGGUGAGAUCUCUCUUUGUCCAUCUCCCUCCCCACACUUCUCCUUACAUUUCCUUUCUUCCACCAAUAGUUCUCUGGUUAAUAGACAGGUUAUUAUUGGGAGAUAUGAAUAUCUCUCCUUUAAAGAUAUGUGCAGUAUAUUCAAUGUAUGCCAUUAAUGUAGUCAUGAUUUAUGCUACCUCACAGUCCAAAUGGUUGCUUAUGACUGUGGACUUCAAGCUGCAACAAGCCCUUUUAACUGUAAGCUAUAGAGCUUACUGGGAUACUCUUAUCUGAUCUAAAGUAGGCAGGUUUAAGCUAGCCCAGUGAAGAGAAAAACACUGUCUGGUAUUGUAACCUGGUUUAGGAUGCUUCCAAGCCAAAACACAAACCCUUUCUUCAACUUUUCUGUUCGACUUGUAUAUCCAGUGUAAACCCAUUGAAUUUCCUUGCACCUUCCACCAACACAUCACUGUCAUGAAAACAUUGUUUUCUGUGUCUGAUGCAUCAUUUUCGACAGUUGGUAGACUAGGAGCCCUUAACCAUCCUGUCCUCUCUCUAGAAGUCGUGGGCAGCAUGUAUUCAGACGGGAUACGUGGAGAGGAUCAACUGCACCAAGUCUAAUAAAGACGAGUACAAGAGGUGAGUCCCCACACCUACAGCUGCUAUUGACAUUUCGUUAUGAUAUUGGGAUCCUUGCUGUGAUGCCGAGCUGUCUCUUGAUUUGACAGGUUGGACCCACAUCUUCUGUGAAUUGGAUGUAAUUAACCAGAGUAAAUAGAUGACUAAUCUUUUUUUUUUUUUUUACUCUGAAGUGCUUUUUCAUUAUUAUUUUUUUAGUCAUUUAGGAGAUGCUCUUAUCCAGAGCGACUUACAGUUAGUGAGUGCAUACAUUAUUUUUUCAUAAUAGAUUACAGGAGACAAACUCAAAUGUUUAGACUACUACACAGACAUAUUUCUAAGGUUGAAUAAAGAUGUGUUUGUGAUUUUGUUUUUACAUAUCAUAAAAACGAUUCUGUCAAGCUUUCCAUAAUUAAUCCGCUUGUUUCCCUUCUGCUUGUAGCUGCCGCUCUACCCUGAUGGAGGAACACCUUUUCUGGAAGUUUGAGGGAGCCAUGUUGGGCCUCACCAUACUGUUCGCACUCAUAGUGGUCGCUAGGCAACGUUCGCUGGACCGGCUUGCCUCCGAGAAAGUCCGCCGGCAGAUCGAGUCCAUCUAG